AUGUAUGCCAAACAUGAGAAAAUUCCGAUGAAAGAUUUCGGUUCCGAAAUUCGUGCCACCAUGGAUAUUGAUCAUUUACUGAACAAAGCUGUACUUCUACUUGAUCUACAAGAAACAAGCCUUGAGGAAAUCUUUGCCAAGUAAGU